CGUUGUAUCACCCUAUCACUUAUAAUUCUUAUCCCAUUACCAUGGACGACUCCGCAACAGGCACUGGCCAACAAGACGCCAAUUCAGCCUCUGCAAGCAAAAAGCGGACCCACCCCGAAGAUUUCAAGCGCGCAUACAAGGCUUGCAUCAAUUGCCGGCAACGCAAGGCAAAAUGCAUCCUGGGUACGGGGCCAGAUGGUGGUGAACUAAAGCCUCCAUGUCAGAGAUGCAAGCGCGAGAUGCGCGAGUGUGUGUUUCGCUCCGAGAGGAGCUGGGUCAAGAGACGUAAACCGGGGGAGGCGGCGCGAGAAGGCGAGGAAGAUGAUGAACCUGUUCGUGAUCGCCCUCAGUCCAAUCCGGCGCCAAACGUGCAGCCCUCGCCAGGUCAUAGGUCGUCUAUAUCAGCGCAUGGUUUCACGCCGGGGACUAGUCCGCAUGUCAACGGUACGAAUCGCACUGAGUUUCAGUCACCUCAUGGGCAUCUUCGCAGGAUCUCGUCGUCGCAGCCGGAUCUUGCGCAUUCGGUGAUGCGGACGGUGGUGUCGAGUGGGAGCGAUGCGUUGAAUUUGCUUUUUGAAGCUGCGCAUCAUCGCGAUGCUAUCGACAGCCAGGAACAGUCAGGGUCGCAAGCAUAUGAGACACCAAGGUCAGGGCCAUCGGGCUAUGACAAUGGUGUUCCGUCGUUGCCGUUCCACACAUUUAGAGCGCAGCCGGUGCAGAUGUCGACACCGUCACCAGAGACGCUGAAGACGUGGACGUCAUGUCGGUUCGUGCAGAUGGGCUGGUUCUCUGCACAUGAGGCGGUUACCUAUGUUGACCUGUUCUUCAAGAAUUGCUCGCCGUUGUCGCCCAUACUGGGAGAAUUUUACUCCCACCAUGAGAAUCACUACACGCUGAUUGCGCUGGAUCCAUUCUUGUGCACUACCAUACUCAUGAUCUCAUCCAGAUACAACAUCCUUCCUGGUGUAGGCGGCGCAUCAAGAGGUUACUUCGUUCAUGACAGGCUUUGGGAGCAAUGCCAGCGCUUCAUCAUGAAGAUCAUGCUCGGACAGGUCAAGCCGUCGAAAGCGCAGAGUCGGACCAUCGGAUCUAUAGAGGCGCUUCUCUUGCUAUCCGAAUGGCAUCCUCGCGCGCUGCAUUUCCCCACUGCUGCUGAUGGCUGGGACUGCGAGCUCAUGAUCGGCGCGAACAACACCACAGAAGAAGGCGCGAAGCUGUUGGAAGGAGACGUAACGUCCAACCGAUGGCUUGAAGAUGUCAUUGAGCCUGCAAAGCGCUCUGACCGUAUGUCAUGGAUGUUGAUGGGCUGCGCUUUGUCGUUGGCACAAGAGCUGGGUCUCUUCGAAGACAAUGCCAGGAUCGACAAGGACCAAGUGUCUUACCCAAAGUUUACAACAGAGUAUCUCAUUCUACGAAGGAUUAGGGCUCGGAAGCUACUAUACGUUCUGCUCGAACAGCUUUCAUGGAGGCUAGGUUGCACAUCGAUGAUCCCACAGAGCCUUAACCACGCUCUCAUGGAGAAGAUACCAGUCGACUCUGCAACCGGUGCGGUGGAGCAAUGGCAGUCCUUCAUGAGCGCAUGGGUCGAACUCACCAAGCUCGCGCGCUCAAUCUCAGAUACCAUCUACCCGAACACAGCCACGACACGAAGUUUACUACGCACUGGUCGGUACAUUGGGCUGCUGGAACACUUCCAGCCACUGCUCGUAUCAUGGCGGAAGAAGUAUCUCGACCCAUGCAAGCUCAAAGUCGGCCUCCACGACAUGCUCCAUAUCGAAUACCAAUACGUCCGUAUCUACACCAACUCUCUUGGCAUGCAAGCCGUCGUCGAACGCACACUCGCAGAAACCGAUCCCGACGUUCCGCAAGAAGACAACCUUCCGUUCAAUCUCGAGCCGCGAGACUACGACUUCAUCCAAGAAGUCGUCGACGGAAGUUGCCAGAUUCUGCAAAAGGUCUGUCAGCUUUCUGAAACGGGGGCGCUGCGGUACUCGCCUGUCAGGAUCUUCUUGCGGAUAACGACCAGUUCGAUAUACUUGAUCAAGGGACUGAGUUUGGGGAGCCGGAAUGCGAAGUUGCAGAGCUGUUUGGACAUUCUGGAUGCGGCGAUUAGGGCUCUUCGUGCUAGUACCCUCGAUGACAUGCACCUAGCUUCCCGCUACGCCACCCUCCUAGACCUCCACGUAGCUCGCCUCCGCGAAUCCUUCGUCGUCUCCUCCCGUCCACCCCGCCUCCCCUCGCGCGCUACUUCCACGCCGCACAAUACCUCUCAUAACACCACACAUGCCGCAUCCGCCUCCGCAACAGAAGGCAUGGCGUUUUUGAACAACCACAAUGCUGGUCAGUCUAGCUUGUCGAGCCUCGCGGAGAAUGUAACGGGGCUCAUGCCUGAUAUGCCGGAUGACGAUUGGUUGGCCCUGCCUUUUGAUCCGGCGAUGGCGCCGUUUGGACUAGAUGGUGGGUUGCAGGGAGGGUUCCAGGGGUUUGAUGAUGGCACAUUGGAUUUCAUCUGGAACUUGCCUAUGUAAGGGAUGAUGGACAAGGUACAUGUGAGAAAUGACACAGAGAACUGUACCAGUCUAGCGAUUACACGCUUCAGACGUAUCGGGGUUUGCUCCUCAAAGAGACGGGCGUUAAUGGAACGUUCCAAACAUCAUUUUAGACAGCCUCGUCAUAAA